AUGCUUCCUCUCAAUGCCUCAGAAGCUGCAGUCUCCACAUUCCUGUUGGUUGGGAUCCCAGGGCUUGAGGGUGUGCACAUUUGGAUCUCCAUCCCUAUCUGCCUCAUGUACCUCAUGGGUAUCCUGGGCAACUGCACCAUUCUAUUUGUCAUCAGGACAGAGCCUUCUCUGCAUGAACCCAUGUACCAUUUCCUCCCUAUGCUGGCAUUAUCGGACCUGGGCCUGUCUUUCUCUUCUCUUCCCACCAUGCUGAGGAUCUUUUUGUUCAACACCAUGGAGAUUUCUGCUGAUGCCUGCAUUGCUCAGGAAUUUUUCAUCCAUGGAUUCACAGAAAUGGAGUCCUCUGUACUCCUGAUCAUGUCCUUUGAUCGCUUUGUAGCCAUUCGCAACCCCCUGAGAUACAGCUCCAUCCUUACUAGCUCCAGAGUUUUGCACAUUGGACUAGCAUUUGCUUUUAAAAGCAUUCCCCUAGUUCUUCCCCUUCCUUUCACUUCAAAGAGACUCAAAUACUGUAAUAAACGCCUGUUAUCCCACUCCUUCUGCCUCCACCAGGACGUCAUGAAGCUGGCGUGCUCUGACAAUAGAGUUAACUUCUACUAUGGUCUGUUCGUUGCACUCUGUAUGAUGUCAGACAGUAUGUUAAUUUCUGUCUUCUAUGUGUUUAUUCUGAAGACUGUAUUGGGUAUUGCAUCUCAUGGGGAAUGGCUUAAAGCUCUUAACACCUGUGUGUCCCACAGCUGUGCUGUGCUCAUCUUCUAUGUGCCCAACAUCACCUUGGCUAUUAUGCAUCGCCUUCCGAAGCAUAUGUCCCCUUUGGCUAUGAUUCUGAUAGCUGAUGCAUUCUUGCUUGUACCACCCUUGAUGAAUCCCAUCUUGUACUGUGUAAAAACUCAGCAGAUUAGAGUGAAGGUUCUGGAAAAAUUGGAAAACCUGGGUCUGAAGUCUAAAUGA